UUUGCACUUUGCAGUUUUUGCGUGUAUUGACUACGCAGAAAAGCAGAGUUAAUUAUAUAGAAAAAGAAUGAAAGGAAUUGUUAGAGUGUCACUUUCCUAUAUAUACUCUCAACUCAAGUUAGCCAGGAAAAAAACUCACACUCAUCUCUCUCUUUCUUCCCAUUCCCUUUAUAUUUUUUUUUUGUUUAUAUUAUAUGCACCACCACACAUCUUUCUCUUUCUCUCUCUCUUCUUAGUUUUGUGAAGCUGAGAAAGUGCCCUCUCUUUCAAAGAAGACAUAUUUCAUAUUCCCCCACUUUGCACCUCUCUACAAUCAAUCACCUUAUUAACUAAUUAAUAUUCCACCUUCUUCUUGUUUGUUUUGUUGCUUUUGUGGUUCUCUUUUAUAUAUAUCAAAUCAAAUUUCAAUUUGAGUCCUUUGUUUGUGUCUGUUAUUCUGGUUCUGAAUUCUCCUUGUUGGUCUCUCAGGUUGAGUUGAGUGUUUUUCUUUUUCUUGUUCCGUUUCCUUUUAGUUUUGUUGCUUACUGUAUCUAAUUAUACCAUAGUAUACUACUAUAGCUUGAAAUCAUUUCUGGGAAUAUAUCUAGGUAACACAAAAAUGCCCCAGAAUCCGAUUCCUGAUCUUUCCCUUCACAUUAGCCUCCCAAACAGUGCUCCUUCUUCAAUUUUCACCCAAGGGGAUUCAGAUUCACUCUUUGAUAUAUGGCCACAGCAAGGAGAUGAUGCUGAAGGCCUCAAAUCCCACAGUGAUGGCUCAAUCAAAGGUAGCCCUCACACAGACACACAACUUUCCUUAGCCAACCCCACAAGUACCACUCGCUCUGAGGCUGAAAGCACCUGGAGGAAGAGAAACUUUGUUAGAGUUCUCCAUGGGGUUUCUGAGGCUGAAAAACUAAGACUCAUCAAUGGAAUCUCUCUCUACAGUAACCUUCCUUCUUUGGACAACAGUACUAGUUUAACUAUUCCCUCAAUAGAGAGAAUAAACUCCACCAAUAAGCUAUCUUCUCUAUAUGCAGUUCCACACCCUCCUUAUUCCUCUAAUUCAGCUCCUAAUUACAAUAAUAAUGGUAUUAUUGGGGGUGUAGCAGUGGAACAAAUAUCAAGGUUUCAUGAGAUAGCCUUGGAGAAUCUAGGACCCCAACAGUUUCAGUACUUUGGUUAUCCUCAUCAUCAACAGUAUCAGCAGCAUCAGUUUGGGAAUAGUAAUAAUAUUGGAGCUUCUUCUGAUUUUUCAAAUGGAUUUGUGAAGUCAAGAAUGUUGCCAAGGCAGCAAAGUAAGAGGAACAUGAGGGCUCCAAGAAUGCGUUGGACUAGCUCUCUUCAUAAUCGCUUUGUUCAUGCUGUUGAGCUACUUGGUGGCCAUGAAAGGGCUACUCCUAAGUCAGUUUUGGAGCUCAUGGAUGUCAAAGAUUUAACACUAGCUCAUGUCAAGAGCCAUUUGCAGAUGUAUAGGACUGUUAAGAACACUGACAAACCUGCAGCUUCUUCAGAUGGGGAUGAGGAUUUCAUAUCCCUAACAGUACCUAAUAAUCAAAAUAAGAACUUUUUUCCCAAUCAGAGAGGACCUCCAAAUGCAUCUAUUGAUAAUGAUAUGGGCUACACUUGCAGCAAUCUAUGGGUUAAUUCUUCUUCCAGAUCAAAGCAGCGAUUCCUCAUUUGGUUGAUACCUCUUUUUGAUACAAUCUCAUUCAGCUUCUUUAAAUGUUCAGAAAGCAAUAAAGUUUCCUGAAACUCGAUGAAAUUUUAGUGGUUUUGUGCAAUAAAUACACAAGGAAGUAGCCAUUCUCCACUGUUCAAUAUAUACUUUUUAUGGAUUAACAUUCUACUUUUAGAACAGCAUACUUCUAUGCUCUAUAUUGACUUAUUUAGUUUCUUACUUCCAUUGGCUGCUAUCAUUGCAUGUCUUAAUGGAUUUGCUUUGAUAUCCCAUUACCGUUAUCCAAUUUAAGGGCUUCAUUUCAAUCCCAUUUUUCUUUUUCAUGUGAAGUCGUACCAUUUGGUAUUUUAGCUUUAUAUCAAAGAUUGAUGCUUAAUUGGUACUAGUUUCUAAUUAAAAUUUUGAGUCAACUAAUACGACAAAAGAGGCUACGAACUUAGGUGUGGCAAACUCUUACUAUGAGUACUAACCACAAAAAGGACAUUUAUACGGAGAAUUGGAAUUAGUAGGAAAAAUUUUCUAGUAAAAGUAAAGGUACACAUACACAAUUUUGAUAAACUAGAUUGUCAUUUGGUGAUACAAUAUAAUGUCCUUAUACCUUCUUUUCUUGCGGCUAAAAUGGCAAAGAUUGAACCAGGAAUUAAUCCCAUCAGCUUUGAGACUCAGAAAAUCAAACAAAUCUUAUUAAUAUUA